UUUCCACCUAGGUCCUGGAAACAGACCAGGAAUCUCUUCAGAGAUAGUUUCUACUUUCUUCGGUGUAUUUCUCUCCUGCUCCGUCCCACCGUACAUGGUGCCCAAGUUUGCAUGACGGCCAUUUCAAGUAAUGGGCGACACGGCGGAAGGUCAAGAUGGCGACCCGACAGAUUCGGCCACCAAAGGGGAUCUUCAGAUCGUUGAGAUUGUGCCGGACGGGGACAUCGUGCUCGAUGUGACCUUCGAAGCGUCCAGAGAAACCCUGAAGGCAGCUAGAAAGGCGGCCAGGCCCAGACCGGGACAGAAGCCUGCACCUCCACCGGCUCCCGAAGCGAGGCAUCGUGUAGGAUACAGGGCCAAGCUCGCCGUUCUGAAGCAGAGCUCGAAAUACUUUGACAACCUGCUUAAUGAUACCAGGUUCGCCGAGGCCAGGGCGAUAGAGACCGGUUUCCAGCAGCUGUCUCUGAGAAAUGUGAACCCGUCAGAGGCGGAUGCCGCGGAACUCCCUGUGGUGAAAAUCCACGAGGACGACGAGGCAACGCGGUCAGCCGGCCAACAUGCCGUGUUUGAAGACAUGCUGAGGAUCCUGCAUAAAAGGCCGCCUGCUGCUUCGGGAACCGUAACGAUGCAAUAUCUUGCUGUGCUGGCUGUCCUCUCUGACCGGUUCGACUGCACGGCGACUGUGUCCAAGUCGCAGGUCUUGAAGUUCAAUUGGCCGGUCACACGGACUUCCGCGUCGCGGGACGGGCCAGCCCUCGCUAAGGCGGCGGAAGAGACCCUGCGGCAGAAGAUCCUGGUGUCAUGGCUGCUCGACCAGCCCCUGAAGAUGCAAGUCACGACCCGUGAACUCAUAAUGUACGGCUCGAGGAGGUGGAGCGCAUCCUUCGACGAGGAAGAAGAUGGUAACGUCGAUGCUGCUGCGUGGUGGGAUCUUCCUGACGAUCUCGAGAGAGAACUACACUACCGCCGCGAAUGCAUCCUCAACACCAUCGCCUCGGUGCAGCGGCACUUCCUCCAGCUCUACACGUCGCGCACGCGGCAGUGCAAGCUCGGCUACGACUCCAGCGCCAGCUGCGACUCGUACCAGCUGGGCGAGAUGGUCAAGUUCCUCGCCAGCCGCGACCUGCUUUUCCUCGCCGACUUCUCGUCCCUGUCGCCGGACGCCACCCGCCGAGACUACGCCACCGUCGACAUCGGCCAGAUCCUCGCCGCGCUGAAGCAGUGUCCCAGCUACCAGAUCGACAAGAACCACACAAACUGCGGCCUGCGCACGCGCAUCCUGCCGAUCGUCGAGUACAUCCAGGCCAUGUUGUCGUCCAGCGUCGUGUUCAUCUCGAGGCGGGCGUGGAGCAGGGAUCGGAGGGCGACGGCCUGGUGCCCACAGGAGGAAGCAGAUGAGAGGGCCGAGCCGAGAGUGUUUCGGUUCACGCGGUCCAUGGCCGCCGAGCAGCGUCUGCGCUACGAGGGGGCCAUGGGGUUGGAUAAUGCGGCAAAGGCGCUGUUCACGGCUGAUCGGUGGGAUUGGACACCCGAGGAUCGGGAUGAGUCGAGGGGUGCCGAGUUUGGAAGAUGGCCCGGCAGGUUGGUGGAUUAGGUGAACACACAGACCAACACAGAAAUGAGAAAACAAGGUCCGUCAUAGCGGAAGCCUUGAUAUCACGGACCUCGGUCGAUACACCGGGCAGCCAUCACCACCGAGAAGUCCUACCUCGACUCU